AUGUGGACAAAUUACGAUCAGGUUCCAACACUGGCACAGGAUAAUGAUCCUGGUGAGGAUAAACAGUUUGUCGAGCCUGAGGUAGAUUCCAUCAGACAGAAAAUGGAUGACGAAUUUGAACGCAUUUGGCGUCAGCCGGAGCAGUCUGUGCAAUUGCGGAUGCAACUGUCUUCUGUUGAUCAACCCGAUUUUAACAUUUGA